CGUAUCACUGCAGCGUCAUGCGACAGUCUGCUGCUCCGCGGGUUCAUUUAUUUAUUUAUUUGUGUACUUCUCUGUUCAUAUGCUUAAGUACAUCUUUCGCAACAUAAUCCGACUGAUUGAAUAAAGCUUCUGAUGGAGAAGGAGGGAAAGAACCCUCCAUCUCUUCAGCGCCGGUCCGUCUGCACGAAGCCCCGCAGCAUCUCCGCCCCCUCCGGUCCACAGGUCCCACCCAGAGACCGAAGCCCAAACUCCGCCGUGUUCAGCUGGGAUGAUGGAGAGCAGCCCGGGCCUGGAAGACGAGCAGCCGCUAACCCUGAGCUGAACAUUCUGUGCUGAGGGGUGUGUGUGUUGCUGUUGGAGGCGGACAGUGGACGGCUCUUUGCCCAUGUCUCUCCCUGCUAACAGAAGGGACAGGCCCUCUGCUGCUCCACGCAGUAGACGGUCUGCUGGGACAGCCAGUGCUCGUAGUUCCCGCGGAGACUCCUCCAUCAGCAGCAGCUACUCAACAUCCUGCUGCAAGAGCUCAGAAAGUAACACUAUACCCCGCUCACACCCUGCUACACCUCGACGGCAGGCGAAGUAUGCAGCCUGCAGUGAAAAUCACGGCAUCCGUCCUCCAGCCCCCGAGCAGUACCUCACCCCGCUACAGCAGAAGGAAGUGUGUAUCCGUCACCUUCGCGCCCGGCUGAAAGAGAAUGUGGAGAGGCUGCACGACAGGGAUUCUGAGAUAGGGGAGCUGCGAACGCAGCUCACACGGAUGCAGGAGGACUGGAUUGAAGAAGAGUGCCAUCGAAUCGAGGCCCAGCUGGCCCUCAAAGAGGCUAGGAAGGAAAUACGGCAGCUCCAGCAUGCUGUGGAAACAGUCCGUACAAACCUGGGCCUCCCAACCCCUGAUCCGCAGGACACCAAAUCAGAGGGGCUUGGCGUUGGCAGGUCGGAGGGGCUGGGGAUUGGCAGGUUAGGGUCCCGCUACGGAGCCUCAAGGUCCUGCGGGUGCUCUCCGGCCCACACCAUCAGCCGAAGCGCCACCUUCACCAGGCUUAGCAGUGAGACCUCACCUGGAACUGACAGGAAUGGAAAUGUCCUCUCAGAGCGCCACAUUCCGGCCAACCGCGGAGCGGCUACUUUGCCCAGAGGUGACGGACGCACUCAUCUCCUUCUGGAGGCAGCUCUACUGUCUGAGCAGGUCCCUCCCUCUCCACUUUGCUCGACCUUGUCACGCUCCUCCACCUAUGAAAAGCUGUGUAGUGGUGAGGCGGUCUUACCGAUGAGUCGUGCCUGCCAUGCGGUCAACAACAACUGCAGCUGCACAGUGCACACCUACCUCCCACACCAUCACCUCUUCUUGCACCUCCCACAGGAUGAUGCUCCACCUCCUCCGCCUCCUCCUCCACUCGCACCAACAGCACCCUCUAGUACAUCUGAAGCAAGCGACAGGCCAGGGUUCAGAUCACAGGCCUGUAGCCCCACCAUCACAUGGAUCUCUGAAGAAGGAGGUGGGGAAGAGCUAAGCGUAAUCACCUCCGCAACUUGCGCGCCAGACAUCACUCUUGCCGAGCCGCAGACUUUCUCACUGUCUUCCACAGCUAUUUCCCCUGCCCAGCUGUCGUACAUUACAGAGCCUUUGCCCCCUGAAAACCUUGUUGAUUUAACAUCAUCAGCUACAUCUACACCUACAGUGCUGACUAUGCCUCAGACUCAGCAACCUUGUCCUAGGGCAUCUCCUCCACCUCUAGAGCAUUAUCCAAAGGAAGUAAAGGUUGUAGAGGUCAGCAAGGAGGAUGGGGUGGGCAAUGCUAGUACAGAGGAUGAGGAAGAAGACGAGCAAGAACAAGUUCCUCAAAGGAGCCACUGGAGCCGCUACUUCUUGAUCGAUCUGCUAGCGGUAGCUGUGCCAGUAGUCCCGACAGUGGCAUGGCUGUGUCGUGGAGCACAGCGUGAGGGAAUGCCCAUGUACCACAUGGGCUCCCUUCUACGGGGCUGCUGUGCUGUGGCGCUUCAUUCCCUAAGGAGGGUCAGCAGCACUCGUCGUCAAGGCCCAACUGGAACAGGAGGAGCAACAACAAUCUAAAUACCUGCCCUACAGACUUUACCGUAGUGUCCUAGUUUUGUCAGCAAUGCUCCAUAUAACUUGGUUCAAACGUCCAUUAAUUAAUCAAAUCAUAUGCUAAAAAGCUGUGGCACAAAAAACCUGGGGCGCAUACUCAACAGUGUAACACCAUUGACGUAGACUUUUGCUUAUUUCCAGGCCCUUACUCAUUUCCACCAAUUGUCUCUCUGUUUCCCUUUUUCCUCUCCAUGAUUCUACUCCUAUCAACAUUUUUUUGGCUUCCAUCUUUUGAGCCCUUGAGUGGAAAAUACACUUUCAAAAACAGUAGAUCUUGAACACUGAGAUAAAACAGCAUCUGUUCUUUGAUCCUUAGAUAAUAGAGCACGGCUCCCCUGGAGUCGAAUGUGUUGUGGAUGACUUGAUGUAUCUGAGGCUUUUUUGUUUUUCAUUCUGCAUUACAUCUAGGUAUUGCUCAUUCAUAAUAUGUAUCAGAAAUGUGGAAUCCAAUACCAGCUUUUUUUAAUACCAGAAGAUAAGAGAGAAAUGGGACUGCAUAAGCAAGUGCUUGCUUUAUUUGCCUUUGGCUGAAGGAAUGUCUUGAGGUUUCCAAGAAUGUAGUACUGUUUGUUUAAGAAUCCCAAAUGGUAUUCAUCUGGCUUUAGAUCGGUAUGGAUUUUACACACUUGUAUAAUAAGAUGCAAACUCAGGCUGAAAUGUAGAUAUAGAAAGCACACAGGAUUCCAAGACAUACCAAUGGCAAAAGGCCUGCUAGCUUUAACUUUCAGUUAAUAUAGACUACUAUAUUGUCCGGUAAAUAUAUAUUUUCCACUGUACAUCUGAACCUCAAUGUUCUGUUGGACAUACAGAUUAACAGUAGAUAUGGAUGUAGUGCAUUUAAUCUUAAGCUUUAACAAAUGUAGUGAUUUUCCAUUUUAAACCUUUAAGAUUUGUUUAUCCCUCAGUUCAGCACUAUGGUUCACUUUAAGCAAGGAGCAUUAUAUGAAAUUCAGGGUUGCGUUGCAUGCGUUCAGAUUAGCUCAGUGUAAUGCUUCUCAAUUUAUGCAUUUUGAUCAAUCAUAGGUUGUCAAAGACAACGAUGAAAGUCAUGUUUAAGUUCAUUUGAGAUUGCAUACAUUAACUCCAGCAAUGGAUUUAAAUCAGGGAUGUCAAAAACCAACCCAAGAACUCUGCAUAGGUUGGUUGGAGCUUCUGGUAGAUUAGAGAGGGGGUAAUGAACUGUUCAUUUUGAUGGAUGAAAACAAGAAAAAACCUCUGUUCUCAGAGCACUGGUUAUACUUGUGUUAGAAAUGUAGCCAGGAGUGACAAACAAUUUAAAUGGUUUUUGAAAAAGGCAUACAUUUCUCUGUAAAUAACUGUAGUUAAAAAAUAAAAUGUUUAUUUAAAUGA